AUGGGGGACUGUGACAGCAGUGACUUUGAUGUGAUCCCGGUGCAGGAGAGCGAGGCCACCCCCCCUCCCAGUAGCACGGGGUUUACUAAUAAAAGAAAAACCCGGUGGGACAGCCUCAUUGAGAUGGGAGAAGUCGUUUGGUUGUUGCCAGGUUUCAGUGAGACAGAGAAUGUCACUGUUGAUCAUCAGAUCCUCAUCUUCACCCUUCACCACCUGGGACAGUCCGCGGGCGCAGGUAAGCAUCCGGGAGAGCAGGCGGGGUGGCAGCGGGCCAGUCCGAACGGGUGUGCUUCGUGGGGCACACCAGCGCAGGCUAUCCGGCCACAGAGUGCGGAGAGGAGCCACAGGAAUCCCAACAGACUGACUUCAGAUCAGAAGAUGAGUGGUUGUGUGGAGGAAGAGGAGGCCGGAGCAGAGUCUGUAGUAUCUGGCUGUCUGUCUGUGAAGAGUGACCGCUCCAAAGAUGAACCUCUGAAAUUGAGUAAUGAACCUGGACCCUCAGAAACAAAAUUUCAGUCCAGACAGAGAGCAGAGUCUGUAGUUUCUGGCUGUCAGUCUAUGAAGAGUGACUGGUCCAAAGGUUUACCUCCAUGGUUCAGUCCUGAAACUGGACCCUCAGACACAAAUGAUGAACCAGGAUCCUCAGGUGGCCAGUCUGCUUCAUCAGGACACGACUCUGAUCCCAAGUGUGGUGGUCUGCAGGAGGUUUUAGAUGAAUAUAAGAUCAGUCUGAGGAGGAGAUGUGAACGUGUGACUGAAGGAAGUGAUGCAACCAGUCAUACCGCCACUGUGAAAAAGGUUUUAGAUGAAUAUAAGAUCAGUCGGAGGAGGAGAUGUGAACAUGUGACUGAAGGAAGUGUUGCAACAGGAAGUGGAACCCUCCUCAACAGGAUCUACACUGAGCUCUACAUCACAGAGGGACAGAGUGAAGAGGUUAAUACCCAACAUGAGGUGAGGCAGCUGGAGACAGCUUCCAAGAAGAAGACCGUACACGACGCUCCAAUCAGGUGCCAGGACAUCUUUAAAGCCUUACCUGACCAACAGGGACACAUCAGAGUGGUUCUGACGAACGGCGUCGCUGGCGUUGGAAAAACCUUCUCGGUGCAGAAGUUCAGUCUGGACUGGGCAGAGGGUUUGGAGAACCAAGAUGUCAGUGUGGUGGUUCUGCUUUCGUUCAGGGAGUUGAACUUGAUCAGAGAUGAGCAGUACAGUCUUCUGGAGCUGCUCCAUGUUUUCCAUCCAACAUUACAGAAGGUCCCAGCAGAGAAGCUCGCCGUCUCUAAACUUCUGUUCAUCUUUGACGGCCUGGAUGAAAGCAGACUUUCUCUGGAUUUCACCAACAAGGAGGUUAUGUCUGAUAUCACACAGAAGUCAUCGGUCAACGUGCUGCUGACAAACCUCAUCGAGGGGAAUCUGCUUCCCUCGGCUCUUGUCUGGAUAACUUCCCGACCCGCGGCGGCCAAUCAGAUCCCUCCUGCGUGUGUCGACAGGGUGACAGAAGUACGAGGCUUCACUGACGCCCAGAAGGAGGAGUACUUCAGGAGGAGGGUCAGUGAUGAAGAGCGCUCCAGCACAAUCAUCUCACACAUCCAGACAUCCAGGAGCCUCCACAUCAUGUGUCUGAUCCCAGUCUUCUGCUGGAUCACUGCUACAGUUCUGGACCACAUGUUGACUACAGAGCAGAGAGGAGAGCUGCCCAAGACCCUGACUGACCUGUACUCACACUUCCUGCUGGUUCAGACCAAGAAGAAGAAGCAGAAGUAUGAUGAGGGACAUAAGAAAAGGUCAAACAAGCUGACGAAGGCUGACAGAGAAGUUCUUCUGAAGCUGGGGAGGCUGGCGUUUGAACAGCUGCAGGAAGGAAACAUCAUGUUCUACCAAGAAGACCUGGAGCGCUGUGGUCUCCAUGUCACAGAGGCCUCGGUGUACUCAGGAGUUUGUACAGAGAUCUUCAAAAGAGAGAGUGUGAUCUUCCAGAAAACAGUCUACUGCUUCGUUCAUCUGAGCGUUCAGGAGUUUCUGGCUGCAGUCUACAUGUUCCACUGUUACACCACCAGGAACAAAAAGGUACUGAGGGCUUUUCUGGGGACAGACUGGGGGUCAUCUCUGGAUGACUUCCUGAGUGCAGCCAUGAAGAAAUCCCUUGACAGUAAAAAUGGCCACCUGGACCUGUUUGUCCGCUUCCUUCAUGGCCUCUCUCUGGAGUUCAACCAGAGACUGUUAGGAGGCCUGCUGGGUCAGACAGACAACAGUCCAGAAGUCAUCCAGAGAGCCAUCAACAAGCUGAAGAAGAUGAACACUAAGAAGAUCUCUCCUGACAGAAGCAUCAACAUCUUCCACUGUCUGACGGAGAUGAACAACCUCUCAGUCCAUCAGGAGAUACAAGAGUUCCUGAAGUCAGAGAACAGAUCAAAUAAGAAACUCUCUGAGAUCCACUGCUCAGCUCUGGCCUACAUGCUGCAGAUGUCAGAGGAGGUUCUGGAUGAGUUGAACCUGAACAAGUACAACACAUCAUGGGAGGGACGAUGGAGAUUGAUUCCAGCUGUGAGGAACUGCAGGAAAGCUGAACUUUCUCGCUGUGGACUCUCUGAGACUCACUGUGAAGUCGUGGCCUCAGCUCUUAAGUCCAACCCCUCCCAUCUGAGAGAGCUGCACCUGAGUGGAAACAACAACCUGGAGGAUUCAGGAGUGAAGCAUCUGUGUGCUGGACUGGAGAGUCCAAACUGCAGACUGGAGACCCUGAGACUUUCUGACUGUGGACUCUCUGAGACUCACUGUGAAGUCGUGGUCUCAGCUCUGAAGUCCAACCCCUCCCAUCUGAGAGAGCUGAACCUGAGCUUCAACAACCUGAAGGAUUCAGGAGUGAAGCGUCUUUGUGCUGUACUGGAGAGUCCAAACUGCAGACUGGAGACUCUGAGACUUUCUAACUGUGGACUCUCUGAGACUGGCUGUGAAGUCGUGGCCUCAGCUCUGAAGUCCAACCCCUCCCAUCUGAGAGAGCUGGACCUGAGUAACAACAACCUGAAGGAUUCAGGAGUGAAGCGUCUGUGUGCUGGACUGGAGAGUCCAAACUGCAGACUGGAGACUCUGAGAUUGAGGUACUGCAGGUUGUCAGAGAUCAGCUGUGCUUCUCUGGCCUCAGCUCUGAAGUCCAACCCCUCCCAUCUGAGAGAGCUGAACCUGAGACUCAACAAUCUGCAGGAUUCAGACAUGAAGCUGCUGUGUGAUCUGAAGGAGAGUCCACACUGCAGACUGGAGACUCUGAGGUAGUCCUGAUCUCCAGUAGAGUCCAGUCCAGCAUGGUCCCUGUGUUCCUCUGAUGUGACAGAGUAUCAUCAGAGGAGGUGGACUGCUCUGCUGCUGCUCUCUCCUUCUCUCUGCAGACACACUGAGACUCCUCCACACUCACACACCUCCUCCACCUGAACCUCCACCUGGACAGGAGGAGAAAACUGUCAAAACUAAAGUGUGAACUGAACCAAAGCUUCACUGAAGUCGACCAACUGAAACAGGAUUCU